AAGUUAAAGAGGACACUUUGUCACAGACCCUCAGGAAUCUCUCUUGGAUCACGUUUCAACCUCCGGGGAAACCAUGAGCACGCUGCUGCCUCUUUGCUGCUGGUACUCCUGGCUGCUGUUAUUUUAUUGUAAUUUUCAGGUGCACGGAGCCUACUCCAGGUCACAAGACCAUCCAGGGUUUGAGGUCUUGGCUUCAGCUUCCCAUUACUGGCCAUUGGAAAAUGUGGACGGGAUUCAUGAGCUUCAGGAUGCAAGUGAAGAGAUGGUAGAAGGGAAGGUCAACAAAGGCGUUUACUUCAAAGAGAGAAAGGGGGUCACGGUCCUCUAUUACGACAGGGACAAGGCUUCCUGCAUUAGCAAUCCAGCGCAGUGUGGCCCUGAAGGGGUGACAUUUUCUUUUUUCUGGAAGACACAAGGAGAACAGUCCAGACCAAUCCCUUCUGCUUAUGGGGGACAGGUCAUUUCCGACGGGUUCAAAGUUUGCUCCAGUGGCGGCAAAGGCUCUGUGGAACUGUACACACGUGAUAAUUCAAUGACGUGGGAGGCCACCUUCAACCCACCAGGUCCCUACUGGACUCAUGUCCUGUUCACAUGGAAAUCUAAGGAGGGUCUGAAAGUUUACAUCAAUGGGACCCUGAGCACCUCUGAUCCAAGUGGAAAAGUGUCUCAUGCCUACGGGGAGCCCAAUGUCAACCUGGUGAUAGGAUCUGAGCAGGACCAGACCAAGCGUUAUGAGAACAGAGCUUUUGAUGAGUUCAUCAUCUGGGAGCGGGCCCUGACUCCGGAUGAGAUUGCGAUGUACUUCACAGCUGCCACUGGAAAGCAUGUUUUGUGGACUUCAACACCGUCAAGCUUCCUCAUGACACCCACAGCAAACACCAUGACACCCACAGAUGCUUACCAUCCCAUCAUAACCAACCUGACAGAGGAGAGAAAAAACUUCCAAAGCCCUGGGAUUGUACUGAAUUACCUUCAAAAUAUGUCCCUCAGCUUACCCAAUAAGUCCCUCUCAGCAGAAACUGCAUCGAAUCUCACCAAGACCUUGUUGAAAACUGUGGGAGAGGUUCUUCUGCUGCCCAGUUGGACUGAUAUGUCAGAG